GCAAACAAGAGCGAUGGAGCUUUGCUCCCAUAAGGACUUUGUCCCUCCCUGGAGCGAGAAGCCGGCUGGUGAGCAAUCGGUCUGCAUUGUCAUCAGAGCCAAUUGCAGAAGACCUCACAAAACGCUGCCCUGCGGAAGGGGCGGAAGAAGCCUUUCUCCGCCGUGUUUGUUUCUCUGAUUGAGGAGCUUCCUAGCUCGAGGCGCUGAUCUACUGGAGAGCUUUUUGCUGCUAGAAUGUACGUCGUUUUGGAACUUCUUCUGCUUCUUCCUAUUCUGAUUUAUUCCACCCUCGAAUCUUUCGUGAAGUUUUUUAUUCCUAAGAAGAGAAAAUCAGUCAGUGGAGAAAUUGUACUUAUUACUGGAGCUGGUCAUGGAAUUGGGAGACUCACUGCUUAUGAAUUUGCCAAACUUAAAAGCAAACUGGUUCUGUGGGAUAUCAAUAAGCAUGGAAUUGAGGAGACAGCUGCAGAAUGCAGAAAAUUGGGUGCAAGAGCUCAUGCUUAUGUGGUAGACUGCAGUAACAAAGAAGACAUUUACAAUUAUGCAAAGAAGGUGAAAGCAGAAGUAGGAGAUGUUAGCAUCUUAGUGAAUAAUGCUGGUGUAGUCUACACUGCAGAUUUAUUUUCCACUCAGGACCCUCAGAUUGAAAAAACAUUCGAAGUCAAUGUUUUGGCUCAUUUCUGGACUACAAAAGCAUUUCUUCCUGCAAUGAUGAAGAACAAUCAUGGCCAUAUUGUGACAGUGGCUUCAGCUGCAGGACAUACAGUGGUCCCCUUCUUAUUGGCUUAUUGUUCAAGCAAAUUUGCUGCUGUUGGAUUUCAUAGAGCUCUUACUGCAGAAAUGGAUGCCUUAGAAAAAAAUGGAAUCAAAACAUCAUGUCUCUGCCCCAAUUUCAUAAACACAGGCUUCAUCAAAAAUCCAAAUAGCAGAUUUUUACCUACACUGGAGCCAGAGGAAGUAGUAAACAAGCUCAUGAAGGGCAUACUAACUGAACAAAAAAUGAUUUUUGUUCCAUCUUCUUUAAGUGUUAUAACACUGCUGGAAAGAAUCUUUCCAGAACGUUUCCAGAAAGCCUUGAGAAGAAUCUUCAAUAUCAAGUUUGAUGCAGUGAUUGCAUUUAAAAACAAAACACAAUAAAUGCCUUGGACUCCCUUCCUGAAGAGUAGCUGCUGUUUGAUGUGAUUCAGAUGCAGCUUAGCAGAGACUUAAACAUUUGAGGAUUUCUAUUUUUUCUAAUUCUCCUUCUCCAGUAAUAAAUUUUUCUCGAACUACACUAAUUUUCAUUUGCCUUCUGAUAGUAAAUCAAUCUCAUAUCCAAAAGAUUGGAGAGUGCCCUCAUUUUUGCACCUUCUCAUCACAGCCUAUUCCACUUCUAGAAUGUCUCACAGUAUCCUCUAACAUGUGAUGAUAAUUCUUCAAAUUUCACAUUCAAACGUUUAUACUUCAAUUACAUAUAAGUUUUCUAACAAUUUGAUUCUAGAAGAGAUGACUCAUUCUUUUCUCUAUGAUAUCAUUCAAAACAUUAUUUUACCGAGACCUGUUUUAUCAAUGUCAGAGGGAACUCUUAAUCAGGAAAGUUUCUGUACCCCUGCAGAUCUGAAGAUGUCUGAUAAUUUAAGUCUUUAAAAUUUUCCUGUAAUGCAGUAUCAUCAAGGCAAUAUGUGUCAGAGGUUGAGCUUGAAACCAGAUCUUAUUGUGUCUCUAAUCAAAAAUAGAGCUGUGUCAUUAUCUGAGUGUUAGGUGCAUUUGGAGACAGAACUUCCCUUGGAUAAGAAAUGGCAAUUCAAACAAUUUAGUAAGC